AUGAGUUCAAAGAACACGGGUCCAGUAUUGCGCUGCUUCUAUGUCCAAUUUCCACUCAACUCCGUCAACAUCGAAACUUUAGUCUCGACAUCAGAUGAUAUCAAAGUCACAGAAUAUCUCCAGUUCUUGUACCCCGAGUUGGAUAAAAUUAGUUACGCUGCUAUCGAAGCGAUUCCCUCAAAAACUUUUUCGUGUGUUCGAACAACCAUCGACCACGACUACGAACACUGUUUCAUCCUCCGUUUUUUGGAGAAGACCCCAAAAGCCAUUUUAGUUAUAACAUCGGAGUACAACCCAUUUUUCCAAACUGUGUUGGACGAAGUCAAAAAGAAUGUGACAUCCAUUAACAUCAAAGAACUUUUUGGAAAACUCAAGAACCUUCAACGCACCGAAUUGAUAUGUGACAAGUCGGCUAUUUUAAAAAUCGUCGACUUCAGAAUCUUUAAGGUCGCGGUCAAGCCAAAUGAUUUUGUGAUUAACACAUUGUCUUCAUUUGGUGUGAAUGCAUUUGUCGAUAUUGUUUUUAAAUUAUUACUUGAAGAACGGUAUAUUUUCCUUGCAUCAUCCAUCGAACAACUCAACCCAAUCAUCCAAGCAUUCACGUUUGUGUUACAGCCCUUUGUCUGGCAACACAUUUUUGUCCCUAUAUUGCCCAUGUUCUUAAACGCUUAUUUAAGUUCGAUAUUACCUUGCAUCAUCGGGUGUACUCGAGGGACUUAUGGUGCUUUUGUGAUGGAAUUUGGCGCGGAUGAUGCUGGUAUGCACGUUGUUGAUUUAGAAAAGCGCCAAGAAACGUCGCGGUGCAUUUCGGAGAACACGUUGAGUAACGAGGAAGUUGGGAUUUUCCUCUCGAAAUUGGACUUCGUUGUGAACAAUAAAGAGUCGUUUCAAGAUGAGGACGUCAUUGAUGUCUUCAGAGAGAUGUAUCAAAAGAUAUUUGGACACUUAAACAAAUACUUUGAGAAAGUUGGAGAUGCGUGGAGAUUUCAUACGCAGAAAUUUGUUGAAAGUACGCCAUCGAUGUUUAAAGGUUUUGUUGAGAAAUUUACACAGUCACAGAUGUUUUGCAUGUUUGUGGAACUCCAAGAGAACAAUUUACUUGUGAACAAACCUGUUCAACAAUUUGUCAUCAACACCACUAAACAAUUUCAAUACGACAAACUUUCGAAAAUCAGUCCAGUCGAGCGAAGGUGUCGGUCGUGUUUACAAGAGAUCAAAUUGGAUCAACCCUUUUUCCAAUCACAAGACAAAAGUGUGUUACACCGACAAUGCUCAAAAUGUAUUAUUUGUGACAAAUUUUCAGAUUUAAAGAAAUGCCCAUUGUGUGUCGGGUUUAAACAACCAGUGACUCAGGAAGAGAUCGAAAAUUCAUAUAAAAAGGCGUUGGAGAGAAACGCUUUAUUGCAAAAGAAAUUGAACGAGAAGUUAUCAGAAAACGUCCAAGAAGGCGACCUCACCGCUGAACUCCAAAACAAUUUCGGAAAGACAAUUAAAGAGCGCGAGAAGUUGUUGACACUCAAAACUCCACAACGCCGUGGCGAGUCUAAACCGAACUUUUUGAGACAAUCAAUUUCAAGAACAUUGGGGUCUUUCGGAACAAAAAGAAAAACACCAGAAGGAUCCCCUUUAGUCGUUUCAUCAACACCAAUUAUGCCAAUAUCCCCUUCUAAACGAGCUACUAUGAGUCCUAUGUACCCAAUCCCACCUCCACAAGACCAAAUGUUAUUCCAACCACCACCCGUCCCCCCAAAGAGACCUUACAAAGAACAACGCGUUGUAACACCAGACAGACAACUCUCAAAGUCGGUCGACUCAAAUCUGAUUGUUUUUGCUCCUCUUCGCCAUGUCCAAACAGUUGAUGCAAAGAGUGAAAUGACUAAAUCUACAAAUGUAAAACGUUACACGACUAAACAAGUCAAUAGACCGCUGCCCCCAGUCCCACAGAAUAGAUGCAAGAAAUGA